GCAGUGCGAGGUAUAUCAUACACACCCUGUGUUGCACCAUAAAAUGAUCGUACCUCCGUUUGUUUACGAUCACUCUACCUACGACAAUUCUGUAACAGCAUUGAUUAUAACAAAAAAAGUAGAAAAAGAAAAAAAAUAAACAAGCCUAUGGAAACAACCGACUUCAAAAAAGUAAAAGACGUACUCCCCCAGAAGAACACGCUCACAAUUCUGACAGAAUACAACGCAUUGCUAUCAAAAAUAGCAGAAAAACUGGUAUAUGAGAUGGAGCAGCCCACACAGUUGUCUGAGAUUAUGAACGUUAUAAAGACACAGAAGAAGAUCUGCGAGAUUGCUGAGAAUUUGUAUGAGUGCUUGCAGAGGGACGAGGUUGAUGUUGAUAAGGCUAAUGGACAGAUUGAUGCCUUGGAGAGUGCGUGCAGGGAGCAUGAGGAACAGUUUGACAGGUGUAACAGGGAAUGUGGAGAAGAGAGAAGUGAAGGUGGAAGAGGACUGUGAUGGCUAGAAAUGGUUAAUAAAUGGUAUUUUACAAGUAUUUGGUGUUUGGGAUGAAACCGGUCCGUGAGAUGAGCUGCGCCUCAAUUGAAUAAAUUUAGUUUGUAG